UCGACGUCACUACUACAAGGCAGCCGGAAGUCUCGUGACGUCACCGGCGAACGGCAACAAGACGACGGUGUUGCAACAAUACGGUUACAUUUUAUCAGCAAAUCACUGUUCUGGCUUUAUUUUCAUACUAAAAGGAAUUCAAGCGAAACGGCUCCUUUUCGCAUACACUGAAAGAAACGACGGCUGUGUGUCGUUUCCGGUGGCUUUCAUUAUGUCGAAUCGUCUGGCCUUUCAGACUCAGCUAGCCUCCAUCAUGGAGGUGCUGGCGAACGCAGCCGUGGCAGAAAUCUGCAAACUGGUGGACGAUGACUACGCGGUGAUUAAUCUGCAGAUGUCUCAAUGCCAGCGCGAAAACAAGGCUCUGAAGAGGAAACUCCAUCUGAUGGAGCUGCGAAUGGCCCGAGGUUACGCCGAAAGGAGAAUCCGCGAAAGCUCAGGAAAUCGCUCCAAUAGAGUCCAAGUGAGCGCAAAUCUAUCAGACAAAUACAGAGCUCCUGUAGCUGACAUUUUUCCAAAUCAAGAUGAACUCUACGGGAGGCAGUUAAAUGAGGAUGUUUGGAGAGAUGGGGAACCUUCCAGUGCAGAUGUGCAGAUUGGGCAUCCAGUCAUCAAACAUGAUGAGAAUGGGCAUGAAGACUCCAGCCAGGCUGGACCAAACGCUGUACUUGUUAAGGCUGAGACAUCUGAUGAGGGCCACACACAGCAGCAACUAUUCAUUCGAGAAGAUGGAGUGGCAGAACCUGUGUGUGAGGGUGUGGAGGCAGAUUAUGGUGCUGCUCAUGUGGAUAAAGUGGAUGGUCAGAACUCCAGGACGCGGCACGAGGCUUUGGAGUGCCAAAAGACAGAUGACGAAGAGCCAGACGUGCUGUUCAUCAAGGAAGAGCAUUCAGAGCUGGAGGAGCAAGAAAGCCAGACACAUGGUGGCAUGACCCUGCAAGACGGAUUUGUGGAGUCCAGCACGGACGUUUGUGGAAAUGGAGUCUCUUCCUCACCUGCACAGAUCACAUUAGCCCUCAAUGUACAGGAGACUCAUGAGCUGGAGUCAUCCCUUGUUAAGGGUGAAAGCAGACUUCAAGAAGAACACCAGGGAACUUCCAGUCAGGCAACAGACAUGCAGAUGACUAUACAGAAUGUGGUAGACUCCCAGACUGCUGGGUCUCUGUGUUCACGUGAGUCAGUUCUUCCUCAGAGAGAAGUCAAAGUGUGGGAUAUCUCCACUUCCCAGUCUCAUCUCCAAGGGCCAGAUGAGAGCAGCAACAUCCCACUUUCAAACCAGAAUGCUCAGAGAAAAACGGUAGUGUCUGUCGAUGUGCUAGGGACAAAUAGUACACUGUAUGAGAGAGCAAAGGACAUGGAGAGUUCUUUUCCACGAUGGGCUGCGAAUAGCCCCUCUGACAGUCAGCCAUCUUGUUCUUAUAUUGUGGAAGUAGAGCAAGACCAAGACUGUGUUCUGGUGCAGCCGGGACCUGUGUCUGUUAGGGGUAGGCACAAAGCGGCUGCAUCAAACAGGCUUCAGGAUGCCAGAGGGCUUCAUAGGGUGGAGGCAGAGUGGAGCACGGUCACUGCUUCAAGCCAAGCCCAUACUCAGCAGUUCAGUCACUUCAACAGGACUCGAUUAGAUGCAGCAAACCGAGCAAAUCUCACUCAGGCUGUUCCAAACUUGCCACAUGCUGGAGUUUCUCUUGCUGGGCUACAGCUUCCAAGGCGCAUGGAGAAGGGCAAAAGGAAAAGUUAUAUCUGCAGGUACUGUGGAAAAGCUUUUACUGGGCAGUCUAACUUAGAGGCUCAUCAACGCAUCCACACUGGAGAGAAGCCUUUCAAGUGUGAGACCUGUGGGAAGCUCUUUACAGAGGCAGGAAACCUGAAGAAGCAUCAGAGAGUUCAUACUGGAGAGAAACCGUUUGUGUGUAAUCGCUGUGGGAAACGUUUUGCCUGGAUCUGCAAUCUCAGGACACAUCAGCAGUCAGCUUCCUGUGGGGGAGUGUAAGGCAAAAUCUGACCUGAUCACUUGCACUGAAAAAGUGCAAAUAUUCACACAAAAUCUGUGUGCUUGGUAAAAAUGGUUGGAUAAGUGGAAUCAGAUAGAUCAGAUUUAGUAAUUAUUAGACAAUGACAAAGUGUUUAAACACAUAGUGAUAGAAAACUGCAGUGUGCAGUAGGGCUGGGCAAUAUGGCAAAAUUAUUUUAAUAUCUUGAUAUAAUAACAUCAUGAUACCCUUUUUUAAUAUCAUUGGCUGUCAGUACUUUUAUAACUCCUUUGUUACUCUGAAAUGUAACUGACUGGCCAUUAUUUUGUACCAGUUUCAUUUCCACCUCUUUUUUCCUUUCCAUCAAAUGCUUCAGACAAAAAUCUGUGAACAUAUAGUAGCUUGUGUUGGCCUUGUUGUUUGAACCUCAGCAAAAUUAUAUUGUGUAUCAUGAAGGUGUCUUUAAGUAUCAUGAUAUGAUAUUUUUGCCGUAUCGCCCACCCCUAGUGUGGAUGAGCGAGGAUGAACAGAGUUUGAAGUUGUAUAAAACACAUGGUGCUUUCCUCUAUAUUGGUUUGGUGCCUUAAUUGUUACAUGUAGACUUGGUCUGAUUUCAGAAAUUGCAAACACCAUUCUACCUCUUGAAUUUUUCUGCGGACAAAAACAAAGCAAUAUGUUUGAACCAGAUGGAAGAAUAUCCAAUUAUGAUUCAACUCCAGAACAUGUUCGCCUGGUAAUACAGAAAAUGAUAGCAAUGUACCAUGAACUUCACUGUAAGCUGACUCAUUGUAAAAUAAUGAAAUGAAUAAGAUCACAUUAAAUGUUGGACGCAUUUGUAAAACAGAAGUGAAAUUUGUGAACACUUACACAAGGUAGGCUCUUAGACCACAGCGCUGCUGAAUUCUCGAUCCUGAUUGGUCAGAAAAUAUUGAUCCAUUUUCUAUAACAGGUUUAUUUUAAUGCUCUCUUUCUUAUCGAUUCUAUAGUAACAACUUACACAGGGACUUAUAUGGAGGGCAUUCCACAUAUUCUAAGAUUAAAAAACAUGCUAUUUAAGAAAGAAAAAAGUAUAAUCUUUGAUAUGGUGACACUUUUUCAAUUAGUUUUUUUUUAUGUUAACAUACACUAUAUAGCCAAAUGUUUGUGGACACCUGACCGUCACACCCAUAUGUGAUUUUUGAACAUCCCACUCCAGAUGUAGUUCCCCUUUUGCUGUUAUAAUAAACUCCGCCCUUUUGGGAAGGAUUUGCUCAUUCAGCCACAAGAGCAUUAGUGAGAUCAGACACUUAUGUCAGGUGAGGAGGCCUGGUGCACAGUCAGUGUUCCAAUUCAUCCCAAAGGUGUUCAGUGGGGGUGAGGUCAGGGCUCUGUGCAGGCCAGUAGAGUUCUGUCACUCCAGCGUUGGCAAACCAUGUAUUUGUGGAGCUCGAUUUCUGCACAGGGGCACUGUCGUGCAGGAAGGGUUGUUAUUAGUAUACUGUGCCUUUGGGACCUCAUAACUAUUAAAAAAUGAUUUAAGGUUUUAAGAUGUUCUUUGAAUAUUCACCAUAUUUAUAAGACUACAGACUACAUAUUUCACUAAUAUUUCAUAUUCGAUGUUUCAUUUCCAACAAUAUUUCAUAUGGUCCCUAAAAACCUUUUAGAAUUAUGCAUUUUGUUAUAGAAUUAGUUUAAUUCCUAACCAUAUCUGCAUCAGACAUCCUUUUUUCCAAAACUAAAGUAGCAGCAAACAUCUUUGAACAAAAUUUGGAAUCAUAUUACUUGACUUCUUGUUAUUUAUAAGAAAUCAAUUAUAAUUUUUUUAGCUGUGAAGAAUUAUUGAUUUAUUUUAAUAAAGCAUGAAGAUGACUGGGUGGACAAGAACAUGACAAGGUGGACAAGGACAUAAAGUGGACAGAGGUAAGACUGAGUUAAGUAAUAUAUUACAUUGUUGAAACAAAAGUAAACAGUUGUGAUUUCAUGAGAAUAUUUUGGUGAAUUUGCAAUAUAAAUCUAAAGAAUUUGGAUCUCAAGGUUUGUUCAGCUCAUAUUUAAAUGCAUCGUACCAGAACCUUUUGAACAUUGUCAAUGACAAAAGCCCUUGGCGAGGAUAUGAAGCCUCAAAGUAUGCUGCAACCAAACUGAUUAUUGACACAUAAAGUGAACUGAUUUUAAUGAUGUAAUGAAUUUAUUUGAACUAUUUAAGGAAAUGGUUUUAGACAUUUACAGAACUGGUUUUAAUGAUUUACUUGAAAUGCUCUUCCACAUACUUCCAAACUGACCGCUCCAACUGGAUGGAGCAUCUGUUCAAGGCUUGUGGUUUAGCCGUAAUGCACAGAAUCUGCCCAUCAUUAUACAAACAGGUAUCUUCUCAUGGACUUGGCCAAAAGAAUUUGUUGAUACUGUUGAGGUGCUUGCACUUCCCUUUAAUACUGUUUUCAGCAACGUCCAGUAUUAUGCCAAUUUUAAAGUCUCAAAAUGAUGUAGGCCUAAUUUUUAGAGGCAUCCUCACUGUGUUUGUGUGUGUCUUUUUUAACAACACGCCCUAAUUAUACACAAAGUAGGGAAACAUUUUCCCCAUUUCACAACCCAUUAAAAAGACUUCAAUCUGAUGCCAAACAAGAACAGCCUCCCACACCUGUUAGAAGAAACCUCAGCAAGCUACAAAAAGUAACCAGUGGAACAGGACGGCCAACCACACAAUAACAUCAACACUGUAAACAUAAAAUGCUCAGAAACAUUUGGGAAAAAAUUUUUUUCCUUCUUAUUGCUAUUAAUUUCAUUAUUAUUAUAUUAUUUUUGCUAUUGUGAUUUUUUUUCCUUCUUAUUGCUAUUAUUUUAUCAAACUUUUUUUUAAAAUUGUGAGUAAAUGUGUAUCUCUGUAAUUUAAUGUUACCAUUGCUUUGGCAAUGUAAAACCUUUUACCAUGCCAAUAAAGCUACUUGAAUCUUGAA